AUGUGUAAGCACAUAACGGUUGCAUUAUGUCUUACCCUGUUGGUAAUUCCUACGUUAUCAAAGUACCGAAGGCCAGUAAUCAAGUACCCAAAAGAUACGCUGUUCUGGGCGACAGAUUUCUUUGUUAAAGGAUGCAGGAAUUUCCUUGACGACUGCCCACCUAGUUAUAAAUAUCAAGUUAUUUGCGCAAGAAAUUACAAUGACGAUUUCAAAAUAUUCAAUAAUUACUGCGAAAUGCAGUACGAGAAUUGUAAUACUUGGCGAAACUGGCGAGUCUUCAAACGUGAAAGGUGU